GUGUGUGUGUGUGUGUGCGCCAGCCAAUGGGCGACUCACGUGACGGUGUGUUGGUUUGUGUUAAAGUGCUUGUGUGGUUUUCAUAUAUUUAUUCUCCCAUUCACGCUUUUUAAAUGUUCAUUUGGAUAAAUUUAACAGUUCACUACUGACCCGCUUCAUCAGUGUGUCAAGGCCUCGACACUGUACAUGUCUUUUUUUUUAGUUUAAGUUUACUAUAAUAAAGUUCUGUAGAGUUUUACAUUAUGAAUUGAUCUACGAUCGCUUUUGCUCUUGUCUGAUUAACCGUUUGUUCUAUGAAAAGUCUGAAUUGUGAGAAUUGAUCCUCACCUGUGAUUCUCAAAGUGAAGUCAGAGCUUCAUGUGUUAAAGCUGCCUUCUCUGUAGCGACCAGCAGGGGGCGACUCCUCUGGUCACGUGGAAGUCUACGAGUAAAUGACUGUUUCCCUCUUGAUUUUUUCCCCCGGUAAACAUGAGUUCAUGGUCUCAAUCUCUGGUUUCAAGUAUUUCUACAGUAGCCCCCAGGGGACACACUUCCACAUUGAAGACCUGAAGACCACCGUAGUUCUCCAACACACCUGGAAAUGGUGGAUUCUUGUUGUUCUCUUCCCAACAUUUGAUUCAGUAAUCUCUUUCUUUGGAUACGACUCGGCUUGUUCACCAGCAGGUCUGAGCUCGCUCCCACUGCUCCUCCGUCAGACCGGUCAGACCAGUCGGACCAGCACCAGUGGGACGCUGUCAGGGUGUCUCCGCCCAGCUGCGGAGCGCCAAGUCGCUCGUGACCACUUCAGUUCCCCCUCAAUUCAAACUUUCAACAAACAAUUUUUUUUAAGAAGAAGUGAAACUAAACACUAAACGUGUGUGUGUGUGAGAGAGAGAUAUUAUAAUCCGUCGCACCAUGGGGUCCAGCUCUCCUCGUCUUCCUCCCUUCUCAUUCUUCAUCCUGUUGCUGGAGGUAGUAACAGCUUCAGAGUUCACGAUCUGCGCCUACAAUGCGGAAAGAUUUGACGAGGCAAAAGCAUCUGACUUCAGAUUGUUACACACAGUGAAUCGGAUUGUGUCUCGCUGUGAUAUUUGCCUCCUGCAGGAUGUGGUGGAUUCUAAAGCCAUCGAGACUUUGCUGGAGUCUCUCAACAGGGAAAGUGACAGGUACGACAGCUACGGCUACCAGUCGGUGUCCAGUGAGAGUCUGGGAAAUUCACCCGACGACAUGCAGAAGUACGUUUUCAUCUACAGGGAGCAGAAUGUGAAUGUGACGGGGAAGCAUCAGUACCAGAACAAAACCGCCUUCCUCAGAGCGCCGUUCGCCGUUCAGUUCCAAAGCGAAAAAACUGCGAUCGGGUCCUUUGUCCUGGUUCCUCUGCACUCGGACGCCCUUCAGGCCGUGCAGGAGAUCGACCGCCUCUACGACGUCUUUGAAGAAGUCACCGAGAAGUGGAACAACACUAAUGUCAUGUUCCUGGGAGACUUCCACGCCAGCUGUGCCUACGUGACCCGAGCCGACAAGAAGAACAUCCGGCUGAUCACCAACUCCUCUUUUAGCUGGCUGAUCGGAGACAAAGUGGACACCACCAUCUCCUCUGACACCAACUGCGCCUUUGACCGGAUCGUGGUUCAUGGAGAACCCUUCCUGAAGACCAUCAGUCCGUUCUCUGCAAAAGUCUUCAACUAUAUGAAGGACUUCAAACUACCCAAGAGAGAGGCGCUGCAGGUGAGCAACCACUUACCUGUGGAGGUGCGGCUAAAGAGCUCCGCCCUUCUCCUCCAGGCCACGCCCCUCCUGAUCCUGGCCCAGUCCUUCCUGUCCGCUCUGUGAUCGACUGCUUCGGUCUCGAAGGCCUUUUUUUAAAUGUUUCUCCUCUCAGGGAUCUGCCAACAUGGCUGACGGCAACAAAGUCAUUCACCUGGAUGAAUGUGUCAUGUGACCCAAGCCAACCAACGGGUGAAUGAGAAGCAACCGGCUGUUUUUCAAUGUUUACGCUCUAAUUAUUAUUCAUUCACAUUGUUAAGAGACAGACGCUGAAUGUCUGCAGACCAAGAAGAUACACUUCACAUCUUCAGAUGAUGCCGUCAUCAACAGAUUAUUGCUGCAUUGUUAUGAAUUAUAGCAUUAAAGACGACGUAUAAAUGAUUUAGACCUUUGUCUGAUAAAAAGCACCAAAUUUACACUUUUUGAGUAAAACCUGCUUCUGGUUUAGAAGAGAACAAAUAAUAUUAAAGUUUGUGGAUUUAACAGUAUUAAUAGGCAUGACAUCUACAUUCUUCUGUGUUCUAUUGAUUAUUGGGAAGAACUGAACAAUGAUCACAUUAUUGAUCCGCUGUAGUGCAUUCCUGGUUUAAAGGACUUUCAAUGGAUGUAAAUGUUGUACACGUUUUAAGGACAUCAUGUGACCGUUUCCUGUUUCCACCUCCGGUCUGGUCCUCUUGUACGGAAACUGGAAUAUUCUACUGUAAUGUUUAUUUGUUUUUAAAUCAUUUUAGUAAAGUUAUCGAAAAGCUGAUUAUCUUGUCAACGCUUCAUAAUGUAACAUUUUUUAAGAAAUGAAAUGAUUAUUGCUGCGGAACAUUAACCAGCAGGUGGAAACAUGAAGCCAAAAACCAUGAGCCGUAUAUUUGAUCUUCAAAACGAGAUGGUGCUUCAUUCAUUUGGUCACAAAGGAAGAUCAGCUGCUGCUUCUUACUGCUGCUGUCAAUCACAUAUUCAAAUAAACUUCAUUAGGAAUGUUAAUGAAUGAUCAAUAAUGUUCCCCUAUUGAUCUAAAUGUUAAUUAGAACUGACAUAAAAUUGCUUCACAAUC